GCUCUGGAGCUUCAACACGCUUUCAUACUCGUAACGAAAAGGCAAAAGGAGACCUACCCAUUAACCCUUUGAACCGCCAAGCCGUGACGAUGCGCUUGCUAACCAGUUGCACCAGCACGUUGUGGCGUACUUCGAGGAUCAGUCACGCCCUCUGGUCCCGCUCAUAUGCCAAGGAUGUUAAGUUCGGGCCGGAGGUGCGGGCCAUGAUGCUGCAUGGCGUGGACGUGCUUGCGGACGCCGUGGCGGUGACCAUGGGACCCAAGGGACGCAACGUGAUCAUCGAGCAGUCCUGGGGCUCGCCCAAGAUCACCAAGGACGGUGUGACCGUCGCCAAGUCUAUUGCUCUCAAGGACAAGUUCCAGAACAUCGGGGCCAAGCUGGUCCAGGAUGUGGCCAACAAUACCAACGAGGAGGCUGGUGAUGGUACCACCACGGCCACCGUUUUGGCCCGCGCUAUUGCCAAGGAGGGUUUCGAGAAGAUCUCUAAGGGCGCCAAUCCGGUGGAGAUCCGUCGCGGUGUGAUGUUGGCUGUUGAAACCGUCAAGGACAACCUGAAGAUCAUGUCCCGUCCUGUGAAGACGCCAGAAGAGAUUGCCCAAGUGGCCACGAUCUCGGCAAAUGGCGACAAGUCGGUGGGCAAUCUCAUCAGUGAGGCUAUUAAGAAGGUCGGCCGCGAUGGCGUCAUCACGGUGAAGGACGGCAAGACCCUUUGCGACGAGCUGGAGGUGAUCGAGGGGAUGAAGUUCGACCGCGGCUACAUAUCUCCCUACUUCAUCAACGUACCCAAGGGGGCCAAGACCGAGUUCCAGGACGCCCUUCUACUGUUCUGCGAAAAGAAAAUUAAGUCGGCACAGAGCAUCGUCCCGGCCCUAGAGUUGGCCAACGCCCAGCGCAAGCCUCUGGUCAUAAUUGCUGAGGACGUGGAGGCGGAGGCACUCAGCACCAUGGUGGUGAACCGUCUGAAGGUUGGCCUCCAGGUAUGCGCUGUAAAGGCGCCCGGCUUCGGGGACAACCGGAAGGAGAUGCUGGCCGAUAUGGCAGUGGCCACUGGAGGAAUCGUCUUCGGAGACGAAGCCAAUCUGGUGCGACUUGAGGACGUCAAGUUAAGCGACUUUGGGCGCGUGGGCGAAGUGGUGGUCACCAAAGAUGAUACAAUGCUGCUCAAGGGCAAGGGCCAGAAGGCGGACCUGGAGAAGAGGGUGGAGGGAUUGCGCGAAGCCAUCAAGGAGUCCACAUCUUCCUACGAAAAAGAGAAGAUGCAGGAGCGACUGGCCCGACUGUCCUCCGGCGUGGCCUUGUUGCGUGUGGGUGGAUCCAGUGACGUGGAGGUUAGCGAGAAAAAGGACCGCGUCAACGAUGCCCUGAAUGCCACACGGGCGGCUGUUGAGGAGGGCAUUGUUCCCGGCGGCGGCACCGCCCUUCUACGCUGCAUCCAAAAACUGAACGACUUGAAAGGCGCCAAUGAAGACCAAAACAUGGGAAUCGAGAUCAUCCGGCGGGCGCUACGCAUGCCCUGUCUUACGAUAGCUAAGAAUUCCGGCGUGGACGGACCGAUGGUGGUGGCUAAGGUGGAGAUUUUGGACGGCGACUACGGCUACGACGCUCUGAAGGGCGAGUACGGCAACAUGAUCGAGCGGGGUAUCAUCGACCCAACCAAGGUAGUGCGAACCGCCAUUUCGGAUGCCGCCGGAGUCGCCUCACUCUUGACCACGGCCGAAGCUGUGGUUACGGAGCUGCCUCUGGAAGACGCAGCUGCUGCAGGAGCUGCAGCUGGCCUGGGUGCCCUAGGUGGCAUGGGCAUGGGCGGCCUCGGCAUGUAAUCUUCUUCUUCUUUUAACCCUUCUCCCAGAGUUACGUGCUGCACUCGAUAGGAAACGCAAAUGUUUCGUCUUGCGAUGCCUUGCAUGUGCACUUAAUAAAUUGUAUUUAGUUUAAGCAUU